AGCCACUUUCUCGCUGGCUACACGAAUCAGUUGACGUCCCAGCGUUCAGCCCGGUGCACGUCUACUUUUGUGCUCCUUUUUUUUCUUGUCUUGGUUGGUUAUUUUUCAUUUGGUUCCUCUCACCUCAUCAUCAUCGCCUGCAAAUUGAAAUCUAUAGUGAAUCCACCCCCACACCAUUUUGCCGUCUUUUUCAACGCAUCAUCACAAGUGAAUAUUACCGUCAUAUUAGACUCUGGAGUUGGGUCUAUUAGCAUGACAAUCUUCGAAUCUGAUUUUACAAUCAGCUAAAAAAAGAAAUCCAAAUUUUUUCUUUACAACCCUCCUCUCUCGAUUUGGAGCUUCACACACACACAUCAUCAUCAUCAUCACUCCGGAGUGAAUUAUUAUUUUGUUGAGUUACGGCAACAUUUCAACAGUUUUUUCAUCUAUCAAGGAGCUCCGGGCCAACUACAGGACAGGACAUGGUUUCACGACGCCGCAUCUUGUCACGAUCCCGUGACGAUCUCCACUUGGACAACUUCCCUGAAGAGGAGGAUGACGUCUGGCACAUCAAGGAGAAACUCUACAAGGACCACAUCCAAGAGGUUUUGGACAAAUGGCAUCAAAUCGACGACGAGAUCUGGGCCAAGCUCAUCGUCAUGGAACGCAAUCGCCGUGUGGCCAAAGCGUACGCCCGGGCCAUCCCCAUUCAGAUUAACGGAAGCGACGAUGGUUUCGACGGAUUCCGGAUUGGAUUGAACGGAUUCGACAACCCGAUGCGUGACAACCGGACCGAGGAAGCCAAACGUCAGAUCGGCGAAGGCGCCAAGGUCCGCAUGGACGAGAAAGGAAACAUCCACAUCAAGCGCGUUUCCAAGAGUAACAUCUACAUCAAAAACACUUCGGAUGAGAACGGCAUCGGCAAUGAUAUCCUCAAGCUGCCGCAGGGAGCCCUGGAAUUCGGCAAAGGCUACCUGCUGUUCGACAUGAAGAAAUUCCAGCAGAACGUGUCCCGCGAACUGAAACGGGCCUAUCCCGAUCGCCGCAAACUGGAAAUGCAAUGCAUCACGGCCAUCGCCUUUGCCAAGAACGAUAUGGAGCUGCUCAACUGUCCCUGCUGGGUCAUGAUUGUCAACAUUGUGGCCAUGGAUAUGCUCAAAUCCAAGAUGCCACCCGUCAGCAAGCGCUCGGACAUUCGCAAUCGCCCGCGCAUUCCCAUUCCCGAUGAGGACCCGUACAGCGUGGCCGGCAGCGGCUCUAGCGGCAGCUCGUCGCACAAUGGCAACAGCAACAACGGCAACGGAACCAUACCGGCCAACUCGAACGCGGUCAUUGGCACUAAACGUGGCGACAAACCACCCAAACUACCACCUCGCGACAAUGGCAUUUAUGGCUCAAACAUUCCAAAACCCGACUACGACGAAAUCGACGAGAAUGGAUACAAAGCCUUCGCUUCAACUCGGCCCAGCAAAGAGAAGCUGUUGUCGACCGACAAAAAAUACGACGAUCCUUACUACUGCGGUCUGCGUGCUCGCGUCUCCAACUUCGUGAAGAACAAGAACACCAAUGAGAAGCCGGUCAAAGAGCUCGGAACCGAGAUCAAAAUGAAGAUGACGCCACAUGUGGGCACAUACCAAGCUGCCCUGUCUCAUGGACACCCCAUGCAGACUCAUCAAAUGUGGCACUCGCGAAGCUUCGACAGCGGAAUGGCCUCGCUGCCGAGCAGCGUCACACCCGAUAUUCAACGGUUAUGGAAAGCUUAUCCUUUCGAACGCAAUCCUACGUCGUGGGUACCUUCCCAUCCCCAUGGAUACAGCCCAGAAACAGAGCUCACAGACUCGGCUUACUCCCGCAUCUACGGUCGCUUGCCGAUCCCGCGCAGCUAUGUCCCAAUUGCAGCGCCGUCGCGAGCGUCGUACUACGGGGAGUGGAAUUGAUGUCGUUCUGAGCGUCUUUGGUGAUGGGUGCCGUCAUCUCCCUACCACGUUCAAGCCCGUCUUUAAAUAGUUGGAACGUAGUAGGGAUGUUGUCUGUGAAUGUACAUGACCGUUCUUAAUCUUUUUUUUUUUAAACCGUCAAUUUUUUUGCUAUAACUUGGACAUUUUUUUCCGUUUUGUUUGUUUUUCUUUUGUUUUCCGCUCGUUUUUAUUUUUCUUUGCAAGUGGGCCUUGGUCUGUCUCUUUUUCUUUUCUUCAAAAUGUCUCUUCCUUUUUUAAAAAUGGUUCUUCCCAGUUUCACACAGUCUAGAUUAUUUUGUAAGUAUCGAAAUAUUAGUGAGAAAAGCAGACUUGGACAGUUGACCACAUCUGAGCUCUUUCGCUUUUCCUUGUAGAAAGAGUGUAAACCAAACUGUGUGCUAGGAAAACUUUUGUGUGUGCAUGUACGCUCUUCUUUUUUUUUAAUUUUCAUUAUUAUUCCUUGUAUGCGUGAGUGUGUGCGUGUGAAUUCGGGUGGCACCGGGUCGUUGGGUGACCUAUAUAAUAAAGAGACCAUUGGACAACAUGUCAAAAAAGCUUCUGUAGCCGAAACAUCCACGAGAGAAUUUAUUUAAUUUUUCAAUCAUAAAAAACAAGGACGAUCAAGAUUUUUUCUUUUCUUUCCUCUUUUUUUAUUUUUUACUCAGAAAAAAAAAGAAAUUUGUGCAUAAGUGAUUAUUCCAAUUGUUCUAAAUUCUCUCUUUCCACACUUUUUGUAGAAAACGACCUUUCUUUUGUUUACGUUAUUUUCUGAAUAGCGUAAUCAGAUAAGGUCUUCUUGCGUUUUAAUUUCUUUUCGUUUCCUGUCUCGUUUUGUGUAUUGAGAUGACUGUAUUGGCGUCCCGAAAAUUCGUCCAUCCAACCGUCUCUGUUCUCUGUAAUAUUUUUCUUCCAAUAAGGGCUGGGUUUUUCGAUUUGGAUCGCAUGAGCGGGUUUUACGUUCAUGUGUUUCCACAACGUUGUGUAUUGUAAAUACUGAAAGAAUUUUCCCCUUUUGCUCUGGCCCUCUUUGCAAUUAAUAAAUAUACGGUUGACGGCUUUCCCUUUA